ACUACGCACGGAUUGCGAUCCGCGAAGCGCUUAUCUACAUAUUGCUAGCCGUCAAAAACUCAGACUAUCGACGGCUCAAAUUUCACCAUCCCGCCUCUACGAGGCAAAUUCCCAAUUGAAUUUCAAAUCCAUCAGAGAAACACAAUAUUAUCAAAAAUUUUGAAUUCGCGCUUCUCCGCACCCGCUCUGCUAUAAAUUAAUUCCAAAUCCAAUACCCACCAUCACUUUCACUGAAAUCAAGCAUUACUCAUAAGCAUUUCUCAUUUCACCUUCUCCUUUCUCCAACAAGAGCGGUGUACAUGGCUCGCACCAAGCAGACUGCCAGGAAAUCUACAGGAGGUAAGGCUCCCAGGAAACAGCUGGCAACAAAGGCAGCUCGUAAGUCAGCACCAGCCACCGGCGGUGUGAAGAAGCCUCACCGUUUUAGGCCUGGAACUGUCGCCCUGAGAGAGAUUAGGAAGUAUCAGAAGAGCACCGAGCUUUUGAUCCGCAAGCUCCCAUUUCAGAGGCUUGUGAGGGAGAUUGCUCAGGAUUUCAAGACUGAUCUCAGGUUCCAGAGCAGUGCUGUUGCAGCUCUUCAAGAGGCAGCAGAGGCGUACCUUGUUGGGCUCUUUGAGGAUACUAAUCUCUGUGCUAUUCACGCCAAGAGAGUGACGAUUAUGCCCAAAGAUAUACAAUUGGCCCGAAGGAUUAGAGGUGAAAGGGCUUGAAAUGAUUGUUAAUAUGUUUGGUAGAUCUUUGUCUUAGGUAUCUGUUUUUAUUUCUAGAUUAAUAUGGCUCUUGUUAGGUCUGUUUAUUUGUCCUUAUCUUUGUAUUGGCUAAGCUAUUUGUAAUCGCUAUGGAAAUCUAAUGGGCAAGUUAUUUUGCUCUUUUUAUUUUA